GCCGUCUCGCCGCCUUCCAUUGCCCUCUUUCACGAACGCUUAACCAAAUUCCGUCUCGCCGGAAAUAAUAUCCUGCCCGCCCGACUGCUAAGGUCAGGUACUGCUGCCGCCGCCACUGGGCAUUCAGGUAUUGCAACAGCAACAGCAAACAGCAACAGCAGCAACAAGAUGGCCACCUUGCCGUCGACGAUGCAUAUCGAAGUCGACACGGCCAAAUUCGUGGAAACGCGCAACGCGCUCACCAGCGCAUACAUUGGCCUCAGCAGCUCCAUCGACAACGCCAUCAAAGCCUACAUUGCCCACACCGAUGUCGUGCUGCAAGGCGCCGGCUCCUUCGACAUCAGCCAGCUCAUCCUGCCCUUCCAAGGUGUCGCUGGCGCUGCGCAACUUGCAGAGCAGGCCAUUCAAAAUGGCUUGCUUCAGGUCGCAUCGCACUCGUUUGAUGCUCACACCCCCGCUGUCGACGCCAAGAAGAAAGAGAAGCGCCCUUACAAGCCUCGAGAUCCGAAUGCGCCCAAGCGCCCGCUCACUGCCUACUUCCGCUACCUGAGAGAGGUGCGGCCCUUCAUCGCGCAGGAAGUGGCCAAGUCUCCCCCGAGCGAAGGCACCAAGGCCGGAGAUAUCAGCAAGAUCGCGACGGAGCGAUGGAAGGCCAUGACCGACGCCCAGCGCCAGCCAUAUCACCUAGCAUACCAAGGCGAGAUGGGCGCGUACGCCGAAGCGACUAGGGCAUACAAGGCUGUGGGAGGCCACAUAGAGGACGAUGCUGAGUCGCCCGAUAUCGAAGCCGAGUCCCCUUCUGCUCUCCCUGUCAACGGUGUGACGCCUGUCGCAGAAGAGGAAGAGAGUGACGGCUCAUCUACAUCCGAUGACGACAGUUCUAGCGAGGAGGAUUCUGACGAGGAAGAAGCCGCCCCUGCGAAGCUGCCGACGCCUCCUCCCCCACCCGUAAAAAUGGAGAAGAAGACUCCGAAGCCGAAGAAAGUCAAGGCCGCUGCUGACGCUGCCCCAGUGGUGCCGUUCAAUAACAUUACCGCCAACCACAAUAUUGAUCCCCAGCUGACUGACCCCGUCCCUGUUGCGACCCCCGGGCCCCGCACAGCUCCAGCUGCCUCGCAGCAGCCAUCGACCGCGUCUAAGAAGCGUAAGGCUGCUGCAGAGACGCCAGGCACUACCGACGGAGGCGAGAAGAAGAAGCGAGGGAGACCCAGCAAGGAAGACGUUGCUAAGCAAGCCGCCAUUGCCCCUGCACCACAACAGCAUCAGCCUGUUCCCGUGUCAAGCCAAGCGGAGACGGCGAGCGGAACAGAGAAGAAGAAGAAGAGGAAGAGAAAGAGUGAGGCCGCGGCUGCUGCGUAGGAGACAAAACGCUCUCAGGCCAAACCUUUCGUAUGCUUCCUUCCUGUCCUGUCACCCAUACGUCCGCAAUUGUCAUCUGGCAUGAGGGCUGGAAUUCGUCUGGCAGGAUCUACAUGUGCGACUCAGCCAGUCCCGGGGAGGUGAAAGGGGCGGUGACUGGCAUGACCACAAUGCUGUUGAUUAAAACGAAGAUAGACAACUUUAUUGCGUGUUGCAAGCCUGUUCAUUCCAGUAGAUAUCACUACUAUGAUACCAGGUCAUUUAAACAUGUUCAAAGG